AAGUUGGGACGUUCCGUUUCACUUCCUCAUGGGAUAACAAUUCUCACAUGGGCUAAAUUUUUACAAAAACAGAUUUGUGGUAACGUUAACAAGCAAGGCUAAACAAAAAGCGAAAAAAUGGGUAAGAAAAAGUCUGCCAUGGGGCUCGGGAGAUCACUGAUAAAGGAGAGACUCAACGCAGGCCGAGGCAACAAGAGGGGCGAUACUUGGCUCCACACCAGUGAACUGAACGAUGGCUACGACUGGGGUCGUCUCAACCUGCAGUCAGUGACUGAACAGAGCUCUAUGGAUGACUUCCUUGCAACUGCUGAAAUGGCCGGGACAGAGUUUGUUGCAGAAAAGCUCAACAUCAAGUUUGUGGCAGCUGAAGCUCGGGCAGGAUUACUGACAGCCGAGGAGACGGCAAAGCUGAAGAAGCUGCACGAGGAGAACAAACAACUCCUCAGAAUUCCACGAAGGCCUCACUGGGAUGAAGGCACCAGUCCAGAGGUUCUCCAGCAGACAGAGAGAGACAGCUUCCUGGAGUGGAGAAGAGAACUGGCAGAGCUUGAAGAGGAGCAGAAAAUGAUUCUCACACCUUUUGAGAGGAAUUUGGAUUUCUGGAGACAGCUCUGGAGAGUGAUUGAGAGGAGUGACAUUGUUGUUCAGAUUGUGGAUGCCAGAAACCCAUUGCUAUUUCGUUGCCCUGACCUGGAGUGCUAUGUAAAAGAGGUGUCCCGGUACAAGGUGAACUUGUUGCUGGUGAACAAGGCUGACCUGCUGACCCGGCAGCAGCGGAGGAUCUGGGCCAGAUACUUCCAGAGAGAGGGCCUCCGCGCUGUGUUCUGGUCCGCACUGGUGGAGAACGAGAGGCUGGAGGCAGAGGAGAAGGGAAUGGAAGUGGAGGAGCAGGAGGAUGAAAAGAGCGAAGCGGAGGAUGGAGACGAGGGAAUGCCAGACAACGACAAUAUGAGCCGAAGACAGGAGGUAGAGGAUAACAAGGAGAAGAAUGAGGAAGAGAGCGAGGAGGAAGAAGAUGAGGAGAGCGAUAUGGAAGGGGAGCAGUUUAAAGACUGCGUAGCAGAGGGAGACUGGCAGACGGCAUCGGAGGGUGAAGAGGCAUCAGAGGAUGAGGAGGCAGACGACGAAGAGAGUAUAGAUGGCUCCACCCACGGCUCCUCCUUCCACAACUCCAGUCGCCUGUUGACAAAAGAUGAGCUGCUUGCCAUAUUUAAGGCGGCUCACGAUGGGCCAACGUUGAAAGAGGGCGAGCUCACAGUGGGGCUGGUGGGGUAUCCCAAUGUGGGCAAAAGUUCUACCAUCAACACCAUUCUGAGAAAUAAGAAGGUGUCCGUCUCAGUCACGCCUGGGCACACCAAGCACUUUCAGACGCUGUAUGUGGAGCCAGGUCUGUGUCUGUGUGACUGCCCUGGCCUGGUCAUGCCCUCCUUUGUGUCCACUAAAGCUGAGAUGAUGUGCUGUGGGAUCCUGCCCAUCGACCAGAUACGUGACCAUGUGCCUGCCAUCUCUCUCGUGUGUCAGACAAUUCCUCGGGAUGUGCUGGAGGGCACCUAUGGCAUCAACAUCAUCCGCCCGCGAGAGGACGAGGACCCCGACCGCAUCCCCAACUAUGAGGAGCUACUGAUGGCCUAUGGAUACAUGAGGGGCUUCAUGACAACACACGGGCAACCUGACCAGUCGAGAUCAGCCCGUUACAUACUCAAGGAUUAUGUCAUUGGAAAACUGCUGUACUGCCACCCUCCUCCCCACAUCAGUGCUGCAGACUUCCAGCCCCAGCACAGCAAGUUCCAGGCCGGAGAUGCAGACGGUGAAGACUCCAAGAUAGGCAACAAACCGAGCAAAGUCAAGAGGCAUGAGAAUCUGGUGGACAAGAACUUCUUCCAUCAGGAGAAUGUUCGGGCGCUCACAAAGGGGGUCCAGUCUUUCAUGGGUUACAAGGAAGGCAGCGUAGGCCAGCGUGAACUGGUAAAUCAAGGGAAACCUGGCUUAGAACAGCCUGUGGGCAAACCCUGGAAGAAGCAUGGCAACAGGAACAAGAAAGAGAAAGUACGCCGACUCACCAAGCACCUGGAUGCCUGAAGAACAUCUAUAAACUGUUAGAAAUCGCUGGUAGUUAACCCCCAAAGGACUUUCCAAUGCAAUUACACAGGAAUUGGUAUGUAGAUAGUGGUCAACAACAAUAACCUCCAUUGCACUUUGCAAUAUGGAGAAACGGGGAAAGGUUGCCUUUUGAUAUCAAACAUAAUUCAGGAUGUUCUGUGUAACUCAUCAUGCAUUGCAGUGACAGUACAUUCCACUAUUACCAGAGCAGGGUUCGGGUCAACUCAAUUCCAGGAAUUUCUGCAACUGAGAUUGAUCCUUACCCUGAACCAGAGGAAAUUCAUUGGAGAUCAAUCAGUGAAGAUUGUUAUUUUUCAAUAAUGUUUGUUACAAGGUGCAGCCUAUUGUACUUUACAGCAGAGAUAUUCAGCAGGGGGUCUGCAAAAGUAUAUUAAAAAAAUAAAAUAAUGCUUUUUUAAAUGUCAAUGUUUUUACGAAUAUCGCUAGUAAGAGAAUAAUUUUUUACUUACAUUCUGUUAGGGUUGCGUAAAUUCGAAUCUGGUAUCAGGAUAAAUAUAACAAUGAGUCACCGAUUUUAUACUAUGUAUUUUUUAUUAGCUAAGUAAUAAAUGGCAAAUGCAA